GUAUUCGAUAUGUUAACAUGUUCCCACCGUGAACAUUUUAUUUGUGCUGACCGGAAGCUGUGUGUGUGCUUCCGGUGCAGUGACGCAGGUCUCGGGGUUGAGGGACCGGGAUGCUCCACAUCCUCCGGAGCUUCACCGCCCCGCGGCCGCUUUGUUUCUCCGGUACCAGACACCGACAGAGCGGAGCCGCUGACCCGCUUCUACCGCCUGGAUGCGACGGUUCCUUCCCGCCCGGAGGCGAGCCCGCAGUCUGCCUGUGAGUCCGGACUCAGUGACCGGGGACCGACAGUGACGACACCCGUGAGAUUGUGCAGGAAAGUGAAGAUUUAAAAUGGCUCCCGCCGCCCGCUGCCGGAGACCGUAGACCGAGUCAGCUCGUCAGCUCCAUGUGUCCUCCCUGUGUCUCCUAGCAACAACUGAGCCGAGCUCUUACCUGCAACGCUGCUGAGGCGGCGUGAUGUCGGCUAGCGGCGAGGGUGGAUGGGGGUGUCUGGAGGCUCUGGGUCUUAGUCAGAAGGAGCUGGUUCUGGCCGAGGCGCUGCAGAUGGAGUACGACGCCCUCUCCAGGCUCAAACAGGACAAGAGCAGCGAGGAGCCUGGAUCUGGAACCCCCAGUCAGACCCGGUCCGAGACCCCCAAUCCCUGCCCCGCCCCCACGCUGCCCUGCCCUGCCCCCACAGGAGGGGUCCUCUCUGGAUCUGACCCCUCCCUCCACCAGCUAGGAGGGUCCCAGUCUCCACAGUCUGUCCCUGCCAGGGCCACCCCUCCUCAGGGAGGCCACGUCAAAGAGCCCCAGUACAUCUUGGAGGGGUCAGAGGUCAACAAGUUCAGCGACCGAUCAGGAUCCAACCUGGAUGACUCACGUGGAUCUGGAUCAGGACUUCCUCCUAAAGGCUUCCCCUUGCUUCCUGAUGAUGUCCCCCCCGCUAUCCCACCUAGAAACCCCCUCCCCCUGUCAUCAGGUUCAGAGAACCCCUUCCUCCCCCCUCGAGGGUCGACCAUGCCCCGAGACGUCAACGUGUUCACGCCUGAUGUGGAUCAGCCCAAGGUGACGUCAGGAGAGGUGAACUAUGACAUCAUCAACGACUCGCUGUCAAAACUCAAUGGGAACCGACAGGGGCCCCGAGGUCGGAGGGCCAAUGGUGACCAAUCAGGGAAGCCUGUGGCUCGGAGUAAGACCCUCCCCCCUCAAGUGCCGCCCAGGACGUAUGUACCCGUCGCCAAGAGCAACAAGAACCAGCGGCGAGUUUCUGCAGACCUGGUGUCUCUGGGGUCUAGGAUGAAUGGGUUUGGAUAUGAACUGUUCCAGGUGUCGGAGGAGAGAGACGAGGAGGUGGCAGCGUUCUGUCACAUGCUCGACGUCUUACGUUCGGCGUAUCCGCACAGCGACAGAUCGAAGAACGCCGGCUUCGUUUGGUCGCCCUCUGUGGGCAGCGAGGAGCUCCAUCAGGGUUUGGGGGUCAGUGUAAAGGUCACCAUCAUCAGCGAGCACUUCAGAGAACCACUCACCUUUACCUGCGAUGGUUCGUCUGCUGUGGACCUGCUCAUCUAUCAGACUCUGUGUUAUGCUCAGGACGACCUGGAUCACCUGGACGUGGACGAUUACCUGCUGAAGGUCUGUGGACACGAAGAGUUCUUCAACAACUCUCAGACUCUUGCCAGUGUUGAGUUUGUUCAUCAGUGUCUAAAGUUCGAUUGGGACGUCCGGCUGUGUCUCAUUAAGAGAUCAGCUGUGAACACGGAGCUGUCCCGCACGAAAGACGAUGAUGAGACAGUGUCCACCAUGAACCACAGCAUCCUGCUGCAGGAGCGUCCAAUCAAACAGACUGUCACCAGGGAGGCUUUGACCCUUCUGCUCGACACUUUUCACAACGAAGCCGAGUCCUUCCUUCUGUCAGAGGCGGAGCUACCGCUGCACGUCGAGCGCCUUGUCCAAUCAGUGAAGGCGCUCUGCAGCUCAUUAGCAGCCGUGGAAACGCCUGAUGUGACCUCUGCCCUCAACCAGCUCCCAGCAUGCCCCUGUCGCUUGCAGCCCAAAGUCCUGAAGGAUGCAUCAGUGCUCGCCAUCAGAGAGAACAGAGAUAAAGUGGUGGAGAAGUUGACGGCAGCUAUCUUGGAUUUGGUGGAGCUGUACUGCAGCACGUUUAACGCCAACUUCCACACGACGCCGCAGAGUCAGUGCUGCACAGCGCCGGUCCAGGAGGCCGGCCUCGUCACUAACGUGCUGUCCUUCAACGUUUACGCCGCCCACAGGAUCCCCAUCACCUGGGCCGCCAGUUACGAAGGUUUCUUCCUGUCCUGCUCUCUGACUCAUGGAGGGGUGGAGCUCUGUGCGCCACAGCACACCAGCAAACAGGCGGUCAGCAAAUACCUGUUCCACCUGGUGGUGUGGGACCAGAGGGUGUGCUUCCCGGUGCAGAUCAACCAGCUCCCGCGAGAGUCUCAGUUGACGGUGACGCUGUUUGCCAGCUCUCUGCCCCCCCCUGUAGGAGCUGAGGACAAAGGGAAGCAGCGUCGCAGCAUCGAGGCUCUCGGUUGGGUCACCAUGCCGCUCUUCAACUUCAGACAGUGAGUCACAUGA